AUGGGAAUACUCAAAAUCACUGUCGAUGGCUCAUCCGUCAUCACCCACCGACCCGAACGAGGUGUUUUGAACCUCACAGUGAACGCCAAAGGAAGCACACGCGAAAUUGUUUCCCACAAGGUGUCAGAAACUACCAAUGAGCUUAACCAGAUUUUCAAAGAACUCUCUCCCAAGACAGAGUCUGGAGAUCCAACUGCAGAUGCGGCUGUGGUGACUUAUUCAUCUACUUCUCUCCGCACAUGGAGCUGGAACAUCCAGAAUGAACAGAGUCUCUUCAAAGUCCCCGAAUACCACGGCAAUCUUUCUUUUGUUGCUGUGUUCCGCGACUUUACCAAAAUGAGUGAAGUUGCCGGGAAGCUUGUAGCAUAUCCAGAUGUCGACAUCAACUCGAUAGACUGGGAGCUAACAGCCGCCACCAAAAAAGCACUAAGCUCGGAGUCGCACAAGGAGGCUAUCCGCGACGCCAUCCAAAAGGCAAAUGACUACACCGACGUAAUUGCCCGCAAGGUGGCCGUGGUCGAGAUACAGCAUGGAGGGAAUUCCUCUUUUGCCAUGUCGGCACGAACUACCCCGGGUCCUUUCGCUGGAGGUGGAGGGGGCCUCUUUGGUGGUGGGCCAUCCUUUGGACAGCCAUCUGGAGGAGCCUCAGGUUCAGGUCUCUUUGGUGCUGCUGCUAACCAUACCCCUCCUCCCGCUGCACCGUUCGAUCUCACCCCACAGGAGAUUCAAUAUACUAGUUCCGUGCAGGUCAGAUUUGAGUCAGACCCGAAUGAAUGA